UGGAAUAAGGGAAAAGAAAGAGAGUCUUGGCUAAGGAAACACUCCGGAGCGCAUUUCGUUCGGCGGCUGAGGAUUCACCAUGGAGGAUAUUAACUCUAAUAUCAAUGCGGACUUGGAGGUACGGAAGCUCCAGGACUUGGUGAAAAAACUCGAGCAGCAAAACGAACAGCUUCGGAGUCGGUCUACGAUGUUGUCUUCGUCUGGAGCGAUGUCGGAGAACCACAGACCCCUCAGUGCCGGAAACGACCCGUCGUCCCUGUCUGUGGGGAUGGCAGCCGGUCUGGCCGGCUUCCCUGGGGUGGGGUUCGGCUGCACGGGCGGGUAUGGUGGGCUGCUGGAGAACAACCGCUGCUCGACAGCCAGGCUGUCCUACGACGGCAUCACUUUCAGGAGGGCGUACGAGUGCGAGGGGGCAUCCGCACCCACCUCUGUGUCGAGCAUGAACUCACUUUACUCGGACAACGCCGAUGGGGAACCCUCGGUUCUAGAUGAAGUGGACAUCUUAGAUCUUGAAGACAUGGACUGUCUCAACGAAGACGAGGACAGCUGGUUAUAUGAGGCUAAACUGAACAGUCCACUGCAGAAAGCCUUGAGUCCUAUUGUCUGGUGUCGGCAGACCCUUGACAGCCCCAGUCCUGAGAUAGAAUCAGCCAAGCGCUCUCUGAUCCACAGGCUGGACCUCACCAUGUCAGCCAACAAGCGUAGGAGCACGUAUGGAAGUCCAUAUCUGCAGCAGGGUUACGGCAGUCCUUAUAGCACAAAUACAGCUAACAGCCCUUACAGCAGUGGCUUCAACUCCCCCUCCUCAACCCCCAGCAGAGUGCCCAUUGUGCGACAGCAGUUAAUGCCCAGUAACGCUGUGCACCAGAGAAAUGCAGCAGCAGAGAGGAAUCCUCCAGCAAUUAGUCCACAGUCAUCAGUGGACAGUGAGCUGAGCACAUCAGAGAUGGACGAGGACUCCGUCGGCUCUUCAAAUACCUACAAACUUAAUGAUGUCACCGAUGUCCAGAUAAUGGCACGCAUGCAGGAAGAGAGUUUGAGACAGGAGUAUGCUGCAACAGCGUCCAGGCGGAGCUCGGGCUCAUCCUGCCACUCGCUGCGCCGCAGCGCCUUCAGUGAUCAGGAGUUAGAUGCACACAGUCUGGAGGAUGAGGAAGAGGCAGUGCACCUGGCCUUCCCCCAGCCUUCCAACCGCUUCAGCCCCUCUCCUCGUCACUCUCCUCGCGUCUCCCCCAGGAAUUCUCCCCGCUCACGUUCACCUGCUCGUUCGAUAGACUACAACCACGGCCGCGGCUCGCCGCAGCCCAUCAUCAGCCGCUUGCAGCAGCCUCGCCACUCGCUGCAGGGUCACAGCCAUGACAUGCAGACCAAUGUGGUGAAGAAUGAAGAAAAGCUGCGUCGUAGUCUUCCUAACCUCACACGUUCCUCAGCCGCUGCCGCCGCUCAGUCACAGGAGCCCGUCAAGAGCAGCCGCAGCUGUGAGUCUAACCUGCAAGUGCCAAACGGAGGCUCCCCCCGACACCAGAGUCAGUCUGCGAUCACAGCUCAGAUCCCGAGGUACACAACUCCUUCUCGCUCGUCUCCAAAGCCCAAACAGCUCAUCCAAAAGCCAACAGCCCUGCGAGGUAACAGCCCGCCCCAGAAUCAGAGGCUGCAGAACUGA